UGCUUCAGUAAAUACUAUAUCACAGCAGUAUCAAGGACUCCCAAAGACGACAUCAGGAGCGACUAACGGACUAACGUUGUUCCGUGGCCGCCUCGGACAGCACGCACACACAUUGCCUGGCGUGGCAGAAAAUUUGGCGGGGUGUCAGAGGGGAGAGCCCCACCACAGGGUUAUUCGAGGCUUCUCUUUGUAGAGCAUAUUCUCAUUGCGAACCCGAGAACAAUCGAACCGGCGUGACCAGACGAGCAAACAAAUACCCGCGGGCGGACCUGAGGAAUUUUUGGGCAAUCACCAACAUCACAAGCGUCCCACGACCGAGCCGACACCAGGAUCGCAUCGAACGACGCCGGCCGAGCCCAGUUGCCCAGAGCCAAACGCAUCGCCCAUCAUGCCUGCUGCCACCACCGAGGGGUACCGCCCCCAGCUCACCUUUGUCGAUGGCUCCUUUGAAGAGCUGGCCGGCGAGAUGGCCGACUACCUCAAGUCGGAGGAGUCCAAGAAGCUGAUCGCGUCGGGCGCCUCCCAGGACGACAUCCUCGCCAAGCUCGUGGCAUCGGCGCAGACCCUGACGGCGGUCCCCGAGAAGGAGUUCACGGCGGCGUCCAACCUCAUGAUCCACCUCGUCAUGCAGUCCCCCGAUCCCAAGAAGCACCUCCAGAAGCUGUGCCAGGCCUUUGCCCGGCCCCUGCCCAGCUCGCCCCAGCACGGCGCUGGCCUGACCCUGAACGCCCUGACCACCGUGUUCAACCUUCUCAGCCCCGAGGACCCGGUGCGGGCGAAUGUGUUCCAGGAGAUCCUCAAGUUCCUCAAGAGCAACAGCAUGUACGACGCCCUGAAGCCCUACCUCGAGCGUCUGCCCGAGUGGCUCGAGACGUGGGACAAGGACGAGGACUUUCAGCGCAAGGUGUACGAGGAGGUGGCCGAGGUGGCCAUUGAGUCGGGCGAGGAGGAGGAGGGCUACAACUUCAUCCUCAAGGCGCUGCGGACGUUUGACGAGGACGAGAAGAGCGAGGUGACGUCGGAGGACGCGCAACGGUUAUCGCUGCGGGCCGUCAAGAUGGCGCUGCUGUCCAACACACACUUUCUGUUCCAGGACCUGCGUGCGAUCCCGAGCGUGCAGGCGCUGAGCGACUCGCACCCGGUGUACUCGCAGCUGCUGGACACGUUUGCGGAGCAGGACCUCGAGGACUACGACGACUUCAACGACGAGCACGAGGGCUGGGUCGAGAAGGAGAAGCUGGACCACGACAAGCUGCAUCGCAAGAUGCGCCUGCUCACGUUUGCCAGCCUGGCGGCCACGACGCCGAGCCGCGAGAUUGACUACGCCAAGAUCACCAAGGCGCUCCAGAUCCCCGAGGAGGACGUCGAGAUGUGGGCCAUUGACGUGAUCCGGGCGGGUCUCGUGGAGGGCAAGCUGUCGCAGCAGCGCCGCCUGUUCCUCGUGCACAAGGUGACGUACCGCGUCUUUGGCGACAAGCAGUACCGCGAGCUCGCGACGCGCGUGGACCACUGGCGCGCGACGCUGCAGAACGUGCUGGGCGUCAUCCAGCAGGAGCAGGUCAACGCCAAGGCGCAGAAGGAGCGCGAGGUGCAGGAGUUGGAGCGCAAGCUGAACAGCGUCGGCAUGGGUGGUGAGCGAGGAGGCGAUCGUGGUGCUGGCCGCCGGCAGCACAGGGAGCGGAACGACAAUGACGACUAAGAAGAAUGGACUGGGCUGCUUGUUUACCUUUUUUUUUUGUUUUGUGUGUUAAUAUUUGCCGGUCUCUUAAAGAGUCUUCCACCUGGACAUCGCCAGCCGACGAGGGGGCUGGCAGAUGAAGUGAGUGAGACAUUGGAGGUCAUGGCAGACGGCGUAGCUGGUGGCGCAUCGGGCCGUCAUCGUGGAGGGAUUCACGUAUGCUUUCCAUAGACAAAAGAAUGACGAUACGACCACGACUUCAGUACUGGUCCAGGUACUAAUUAAGGCAAGGUGAGGUUCUUAUGGUGAGCGACUCGCACUCACGUGAUUUCGCGUCUGUCCG